AUGUCGCAACAGUAUGCCAGCAUUGUGCCCUCUGCAGAUCCCACCUCUGCAGAGCAGACGGGCAUUCAACCUGCAAGCCCCCAGAACGUAAUCAAGAAGCUGCCGGGAGAGCAGAGCAGCGGGGAUGCGGAGCAGGAGAGGAUGGAAAAGGAACAAGCUGUGCUGCUUCACCAGAGAAUCUUUGCUGACAACAGGGACACGUGAGUGCUUGUAUGCGGCGGCCACCAGAGGCACAGGAACCACGAACUGACGUACACGCCACCGUGUUUGCUCGCAGCCUGAUCCAGUCGAUUGACAGCACCAACAAGGUGGUGGGCCAGUUGCGAGAGUGGGCAGCCGACCAUUGGAUCAUUCACUACCCCGAGACGGAUCGCGUCGAAGGCAACGCUUCAUCAUCGUCAUCGUCUCCCAACGUCCGUCGAUCCCAUUCCACUGCACCUGGCGAAUCGCUGGAAGCAGGUGCACCGCAGACAACCGCAGAACACCCCACUCUGCACCGUUCCUACACCGCCGCAGCACCUCACACUGCAUCUGCACCCACCACACCCACGCGCAAGCCUCUCAACAGGUCCAACACGCUCUCGCCCGGCUCCGUGGAUGAGCCCAAGGAGGGCGAGAUGUCCGUCUUGCGAUUGGACCUCAAGCUGGGAGCAACGACGCGCAACCCAUCCGCACUGGUAAAGACGUUGGAGAAGUCCUCCAUCGCUCAACUCUUGGACGGCAGAAUGUCGCAAUCGCAGCGUCACCUCAACAAUCUCAAGGCUCGCAUCAGCGACAAGCAGUCCAAAGUGCUCGUCACUGGCGAUCUCAACGCCGGCAAAUCCACCUUUGUCAACGCUCUGCUGAGGAGAAGAGUGAUGCCGACCGACCAACAACCUUGCACCACCGUCUUUUGCGAGACGCUAGACGCCAACGAAUCCAACGAAGGUGUGGAAGAGGUGCACAUGCUCAAGAACGACACGCCAUACGAUCGAACCAAUGAGAGCACCUACACCAAGCAUACUCUCGCUGAGAUCGAAAAGAUUGUGGCAGAUGCUGAAGAGUUGUCAUCGGAGGAUGCACCCUUGCUCAAGUGCUACUGCGCCGACACCAGGUCUGCCAAGGCCUCGCUACUGCACAACGGUGUCGUCGACAUCUCGCUCAUCGACGCUCCAGGCUUGAACAGAGACAGCCUCAAAACCACGGCGCUGUUUGCUCGUCAGGAAGAGAUCGACGUCGUCGUUUUCGUCGUCUCUGCCGAGAAUCACUUUACGCUAUCGGCCAAAGAGUUCCUAUGGAACGCGUCCAACGACAAGGCUUACGUCUUCAUCGUCGUCAACAAGUUUGACCAGAUCAGGAACAAGGACAAAUGCAAGAGACUGGUCUUGGAUCAGAUCAGACAGCUCUCCCCGCGAACGUACGAGGAUGCAGAAGAGCUGGUCCAUUUCGUCGACUCGAGCUCCGUCUUUGGGGCUACGCCACCCGUUACUCCAGGCGAGGAAGUCAAGGUUGGCAACAUGGACGAGGUGCAAGGCAACACGGAAGCUAGCACUUCGUUCGCAGCUCUCGAAGCUUCCCUGCGAGACUUUGUGUUGCAAAAGAGGAGCAAGUCUAAAUUGAUGCCUGCGCAGACGUACGUGCUGAGGCUGCUGCUCGACCUGGCCUACGUGGCCAGGACGAAUUUGGACAUUGCGCACGUCGAAAAGACGGAAGCGCAAGAGAACCUCAACGUGGACCGACCUGCGCUCAAGGAGGGAGAAAAGAGGCAUGCCAAAUUGGAGUCGGAGCUGGAGAUGCAAGAGGAAGGCAUCGUCAGCGGGGUUGUUCAAGGAUCUAGGAUCAAGCUGGACAAGGCGCUGCAGCUCAUCUCCAAUGGUCAAAGUUCUGAGCCGUCCCUCGUCAGCUUGCCAGAGUGGAAAGGACUGUUGAACGUGCUCGAGUACGCUCAGCAGGUGCGCACGGCUCUACUUGAGUCGAUGGAGGCUAGCGUCAAAAACAUUGAAGAUUCCGCCAGGGGUGUGACGAUCGAAGCUGUAGAGAAGAUUAGAAAGAUGGGCAAGGAUCAAUUGCCUGCUGAAGCCGCGUCCAAGGAGAAUCAAAGGGUGUUCCUGCCCGAAGCCAUGUUUGCCAAGAGACGCAACAACAGCAGGGGAACAGCAUUCGCGGGAUUGGGUCUCUCGGAAGAUCUGGUCGAGGUGAAGUUGACGGAUCUUUUCGACUUGCCCCACUACAUUCUCAUCGUCUCGCGAAAAGCCGGCCUGGACCAUCUGCUAGAGUCGGCGAGCGAUGGCAAGGAGCGAUCUUUGACGAAGCAGGAGAAGGAGAAUGCAGCGACUGCGGGAGGUCUGACGUUGUCGCUGGGCGCGGUGACGCUGUUGGGAGGCAAGACGCUGGGAGCAAAGACGUUGAUCGAUAGCGUGCUCAAGUUUACCAGCCUGGCGAGCAACGGUACGGUGAGGAAAUGGACCGCACCCGUCUUUGCCGUCGUGGGCAGCGUGCUGGUGGUGUGGUACAUUCGAGACCUGCCCAAUUCUAUUCCCCGCAAUGCGGGCAGGAGCAUCGCAUACGAGCUGCAACAUGCGCCCAUUGCGAGCACCCGACCCUCCACAUCCGGCCUGUCCACCACCAUCUCCUCCCCUGCGAGCGCCAACGCCAACGCAGCCGCGACGACCAAAGAAGGUCCGACGUUUGUAGAGUUCCAGACGAACAGAACGGCAAGAGAGACGCGCCGAGUGCUCAGAUUGGUAUCGUGGGAAGUGCACGAGAUGUUCAGGGUGCACUUGUCCGAAGUGCGCGCUAGGGUGGAAAAGGAGGAGAAUAGGCUCAAGAGCGCAAAGGGUGCGCAGAACGAGUUUGAAAGCAUGCUCCAGAAGGUGGCGGGUAUCGAAGAGCGCACUCGAGAGGUGGACUUUUAA